CUCGACGCGGAUAUUAGCUGUUUAAAGGAACAUUUCCACGAUACAUCAUUAUGCUGCAUAACUAAAAACAUAUUAGUCCAUUAAUUACACAACACUGUUGGUUGAUAAGACGUAUAUGAUACAUGUCUCAGGUCUUAGCUCAGUAGAAGCGUAACCUUGAUCAAAUAAUAAAAACAUAUUAAAUAUCAAUAGAGCGUUGUAUUGAUAUAUGCACGAUUUAAAUUCACUCAGUAUUUUUGAAAACUCUCAAUGUUAUGACUUACUAGCAGCAUGAGCCUAUAGUUCAUUAAUUUAAUGAUUUGAAAAUGGAUAAUUCUAAUUCAUCAAACAAUCAACAAUUUGAAUCUGUAAGAAACUCUAUAUUGACGGAUGCAUCAAAUUAUGGUUCACAAAAUCAAUUAAUUAAUGGUUUUGAAAGAAAUCAGGAUAGAAAUUUAAACAAUACAACUCAAAAUAAUGAAUCGAAUCAAGGCGAAAAUAAACAUGGUUUAAGCAUAUUUCAAGCAGCGAUUUUUGUUGUCGGUGAAAUGGCUGGAAGUGGAGUUUUAGCAUUACCAAAAGCAAUUGUUGAAACUGGUUGGAUUGGAUUAAUUUUGGUGGUUAUACUUUGUUUCAAUGCUGGUUUUGGGGGUACAUGCUUAGGUGCAUGUUGGGAUAUUAUUGAAGAACGUUUUCCUGAACAUCGAGGACGUACUAGAAAUCCUUAUGCUACAAUAGCAAACAGAGCAAUUGGAAGAUGGGGAAGUGUACUGGUAUCAGGAUGUGUCCAAUUUACAUUAUUUGGUGCUAGCACCGUAUAUUUAUUGUUAGCAUCACAAAUUAUACAAGAUCUAUUUACACCGUAUUUUCCAAAUAUAACAUUUUGUACAUGGUUUUUAAUAAUUGCAAUCACAUUAACAAUACCAAUGUGGUUAGGUAGUCCAAAAGAUUUUAAUUUUGUUGGAAUUGGUGCAAUAUUAUCAACAGCAUUCGCAUGUGUUUUUAUAUUUACACAAAUUGUAAUGGAUGGUUUAAAUGAUACAGUUGAUCCAGUUAAACAUACACCGCAUACAUUUCAUGAUUUUUUUAUGGCAUUUGGUAUUAUAUUAUUUUCGUUUGGUGGUGCAUCGACAUUUCCAACGAUACAAAAUGAUAUGAUCAAUAAAAAAGAUUUCCAAAAAAGUAUUGUUAUCGCAUUUAGUAUAAUAUUAGCAUUAUAUUUACCAGUUACAGCUGGUGGUUAUUUUGUUUAUGGUGACGAUGUUCAUCCAAAUAUAAUAUUAUCAUUAUCUGAUAGUGGUUUGGUAACGUUAGCUAAUUUAUGUAUGGCGUUUCAUUUGAUUUUUGCUUUUUUGAUUGUUAUUAACCCAGUUUGUCAAGAGUUGGAAGAAAUAUUUCAAGUUCCACAUGAAUAUUCAAUAAAACGAUGCGUGUUGCGAACAUUUAUGAUAAUUGUUAUGAUAUUUAUCGGCGAGACAAUUCCAGAAUUUGGGAAAAUUUUAUCAUUAGUUGGAGGUUCUACAGUUACUUUAUUAACAUUUGUAUUUCCGUGUUUCUUCUAUUUAAAAUUGUGUUCACAAAAUGACAGUGCCCAGCCUAGUAUUGAAUGGUGGCCACAAAGAUUUAUACCAUUACAUGUUAAAGUUUAUUUAUGGGAGUUGAUAAUUAUUGGUUUGAUUGGUGGAGUUGUAGCUACAUACAGUGCCUUAUUAUCCAUUAUUAGUCAUGACUCAAUGAGUACUUCUUGUUGGGCGUCAUUUUUUUAAUGUCAAAUUUAUAUUAAAUUAUAUUUGUAAUUAGAGAAUUGACAAUAGUUUCGUUUCUUUGGCGAACUAUAAUCCUGAAAGUUUUAAGUUA